UUUUCCACGCCACUCAAUGAAGCCUCUCCAUGUUGCAACUGUCAGCGCACUGGUCGCCGGACCGGCCAAUGUAGAGCUCCAGCGAUGAUCCGGCACCAUGUGGUCGGGCACCAAAUUCAUGCAAGAGGCUCAGUGUUCCUGCUUCCUUUCAUCUUGCUUUGGACAAUCGGACCGCUGCUGGCCUUAGGCAAUGUUCGGAGCAAGAAUAUCAACAAUUUUGCUGGCCCGUACAUCGCUUUCGGCCACAAAUUCGACCCAUGCCCGUCGGACGGAACCAUAGAAGUGCUCAUCCGUGCCAGCCACUUCAACCCAGCCAGGCCCUACGAUCUGCAGACUAUUUCGGGGAACUUGUCCUCGAAAGAAGACAUGAAGGACAAUUAUUGGUCUCGCGUCGAAAUGGCCGUACGAUCAAAUAACCAAUGGAAAGACAACGCCUUUAUCUUCAAUUUCCCCAGACUGGGAUGCACUGCGAUCCGUGAACAAGUUCCAGACUUAUUUCGCAUCAUUGCUAAGCACAGCGGAGCACCGACAGACAAAGCGGCUCCCUGCGUCAUACCAGCGGGGGUUUACGUGUUGAAGAAUGAAUCGGUGAGCUGGACGUUUCCCAACUUCCCAGUCAUACCGUACGGGCGUUACCGGUUCCGAGUGACGUCACGCAGCAUCACCAGUCGCACUACGCUUCUUUGCCUCGAAGUCGACUGCGAGGCAAUUCCAAAACCGUAAACUGCUGUAGACCAA